AUGCGCAUACUGCUGCCUUCUCCUUUCCUGCCAGCCGGAAGAACACAGUUUAAAGUGGUAAUUAAAGCACUUUCUCCAAAAGAAGCCACCAGAAUUUAUACCCCUCGCCCUUUGGAUAGAAAUGAUGGCACAUUUCUUAUGCGGUAUCGGAUGUAUGGGAGUGUCAGAAAAGGGUUAAAAAUUGAGAUACUUUAUGGUGAUCAGCAUGUAGCUCAAUCUCCUUAUAUUUUGAAAGGACCAGUUUAUCAUGAAUAUUGUGACUGUCCUGAAGAAGACCCUGAGAUCUGGCAGAACGUUAUGUCUUGUCCAUCCCAAGAACCUCAGAUUACAAAGGACUUCAUUUCUUUUCCCACCAUUGACCUUCAGCGAAUGCUUAAGGAAAUCCCAACAAAGUUCAGUCAGACAAGAGGUGCUAUUGUUCAUUACACUAUUCUCAAUAAUCACAUCUACCGUCGCUCCUUAGGGAAGUAUACAGACUUCAAAAUGUUCUCCGAUGAAAUGUUCCUGUCACUGGCAAGAAAGGUUCGUCUUCCUGAUGUGGAGUUUUAUCUUAAUGUUGGAGAUUGGCCAGUUGAGUAUCGGAAAGCUAAUGAUACACCUGGUCCUAUACCUAUCAUUUCAUGGUGUGGCUCUGUGGAUUCAAGAGAUAUAGUCCUUCCAACGUAUGAUGUAACCCACUCGACCCUUGAAACCCUACGUGGAGUCACAAAUGAUCUCCUUUCUAUUCAAGGAAAUACAGGCCCAUUCUGGGAAAACAAAACUGAGCGAGCUUUGUUUAGAGGUCGAGACAGCCGAGAAGAACGUCUCCAUCUUGUCAAGUUAUCCAAGGAAAAUCCAGAACUACUAGAUGCUGGCAUAACAGGAUAUUUCUUCUUCAGAGAAAAAGAAAAAGAGCUGGGAAAGGUUCAGCUGAUGGGCUUCUUUGACUUCUUUAAGUACAAAUACCAAGUGAAUGUAGAUGGGACCGUAGCAGCUUACAGGUUUCCAUACCUCUUGCUGGGUGACAGCCUAGUAUUGAAGCAAGAUUCCCAGUACUAUGAACACUUUUAUAUUGGAUUAAAACCUUGGAAACAUUAUGUUCCAGUUAAGAGAAACUUAGAGGACUUGCUAGAGAAAAUAAAAUGGGCUAAGGAAAAUGAUGAAGAAGCAAGAAAAAUUGCUAAAGAAGGACAAUUAAUGGCAAGAGAAUUACUUCAGCCUCACAGGCUUUACUGCUACUACUAUAAAGUGCUCCAGAAAUACGCCAAACGCCAAGCCAGCAAACCUGAAAUACAGGAUGGAAUGGAACUCGUACCUCAGCCUGAUGACAGAGACUCCGUAUGCAGUUGCCACAGGAAAAAGCCUUUAAGGGAAGAUCUAUAACUGUACCGGAUGGAGAAAAUCACCCACUUACAAUGCAAGAAUUUAAAUAGGAAUUAAGCUGUGAAAUCUAAGACACUUAUGCACUAGCAAACAUUCUUAGUUAUGUAUUCUUCUUGUAUUUACAUAUCCUUUUUCACACUGACUCUGAUCUACAACAUUGGUUCCCACAAUUUUGUCUCCGUGACCACCACCAAACAGAUACUGAGCCUGUAAUGGGGAGCAUCCAGGGGAUUUGUUUGAUGGACUGCACCAUCAGGAAGAAGAGCGCGGUGCUGCUCGUGUUCCAGCUGGGACCUAGUUACCAAAGUUUUAUGAGGAACCAGUCAUCCACAAAAGAUCUUCCAUGAGUCAGUGCAAGUUAUUCUAAAGGAGCAUCUGCAACAUACUAAAACAGCGUUAUGAUUUCUUCAUAAAGUUUACCUCAGUGUUAGAUUGUUUCUUGUAUACAAAACAAUUUUCUAACUAGACAAAGAAAAUGAGUGUUUGAGAUUUACAGAUAUCAAAUCUGGUGUUGCUUUGAGAUUAUUUUGUGGUCUAUGACAGAUAAAAGAAUAGAGAACGUGAUACAAUAUUUAUUCAUUUCAGAGGAAAAUGUAGAGGAGGGGGAGAGAUCAGAAUAAUAUUUUUAUAAGCACCAUGGCUGUGAAUCACCAAAAUUAACUGCUGCUUUGAAGCAGACUGUGUAGCUAUCACAAUCACAGUGCUUUGAGUGCCAAGACACCACUUCUGAAGACCUGUUCCCUGCCAAUGACCACGUCUGUGAAUAUAGGCACAGAUCCACAAAAGGACUUAGGAGCUUCAGGUGAGGCCAGGUGAAAUACUGGUGUCUUAGUUCAACAAUACAGUCUAUAGUAUUCUAAGACUACUUGAGUAUUCACGCAUCUGAAAUUUGUUAGUAGAGUUUUAGACCACCUAGGUUUAACUUCUGUGUGGAACUAAGGAUGCUACCAUCUUUUUCACGUGGGUUCAUGAACUACUUUUUCCUGUGCCUAAGUCCCCAGAGGGAUCUUAUCCAUUUUCUGAAUUUAGAUCAUAGCUAACCUUAUACUGAGAUCAGACAGCAGAUGAGACUUCAUUGUUUUGGUUCAAACAUAUGACAGAAAAACCUAUGCAGCGCUUUCUAUGUAAUAGUCUAGGGGUUAGAUACCAUACUAAGCAAUUGGGAAGCCAGUUGUCCUCCUUGGUUUGAUUCAAAG